AGUCUAUGCCGACCUGUACACGAAGACGGUCGUCGCCUCUUCUGUGCUUUUUUUUAACGUUAACAAACCAUCUCAUAUACAUUUUUAUUGUUGUAUUUCGGGUGAAACGCGACGUUUUCUCCAUUUUCUGUGUGAAAAAAAUUAAUUCUUCUCUUCAUUUUUUUUCGGGGGAAAUCCCACAAGUGCCCAAAAGACUCUAAAGACAAUUUUCUUUGCAAAUAUAUCAGUUUUGGUUCCUUCAAAGGUGAAAUUGCAAGUGUUUUAGGAAGUUUCUUUUGCUGCAUUUUUUCCACUUCUUCUUUUUCACCAUCAAAGAGGGAAAAUCUCUUUUCACCUAAAAGAUUUCUACAACCUUGGACAAUUUAUAAAAUAAAUUGUGAAUGUGCAACAUUUUUUCUCUCACUAAAAGGGGGCUCUCAGACACACGCGUGAAAGAGUUUCUGUGACUGAAUGGCAAUUUUUGUGUGACCUCACGAGUAAUUUUUUCUAUCCACAUCAACUUGGAUAGUUUAAAAAGCUCACGGAGAGACUCUAACUAAGAUACCUACAAAAUUAUUGAAUAGUGUGUGGAUGUAAUAUUUCUUUCUGGAAAUUUUUCUGUGAGACAUUUUGCAAAAAAUAAAUUCGGGUUGUUUUCCCCGCGCACGAAAAUAGUGAAGAAAAAAAAAGAAGUAAAUUUGCUCAUUCAGAGGACGUACGAAGAGCGAAAGGUGAAAAAAAGUUGGUGGUUUAGCUUUCAAAUACACCUGAAUGGAUUUUAAAACUAACAUAGAGUUGGUUGGUGUGGUUGGUGUGUUGGAAAUUCCUCCACAAAUGCAACAAGUUCACAAUCGCGUUGGAGAGAAAGUGAAUUUUCAUAUCAGACACGUCGUAUAAGAAGUUGCCUCUGUUGAGACUUUUUUUUAUACAUUUAAUAUAUUUUAUAUAUUUUAACAAAUACAACUGUGUGUGGAAUUAAAAAUAUAUAAAUACAAGGAAAAGCCAAAAAAGCAGCAAAUGCCAAGACUUGUGCUUUUUCUUUCAAUCACACACUAUUAAGAAAGAAAGAAAAAAACCUAUUGCCACAUAACUGUGUGUGCGCGCAUUUUUCUUGCCACCUCUGAAAAACCACCUCAACUUCAAAUUCCCGGACUUUGGUGUGAAUUUCUGGAAAGAGAGCUUUUUUGCCAAGAAGGAAAAACGCAAAAAGUGUCCAAACAAAGCUCGUGGAAGUAUCCGCGUGUAACGAAUUGAUAAAAUUCGUGCAAACUCUGAAUGGAUGUCGUUGGGAUUUAAACUUGGAUAACAUACAAAAUUAAAUGACAAAGUUAACCAGUUGCAAAGAUAAAUACAAAAUGAUGAAUCUGAGAUUCUUUCUGGCGACAUGGACACUAGUCUGCACAUGUUCAGCACUACCAGAUAUCCACCUGCAAAUGUCGCCAGAGCAACUACACACAGUCUUCCAUGUGGAUAGUGUGGAAAAUGUGCCAAACUAUGAGCUAAUUGAGCUCCUACAUCACACCCCAACUCUCCAUCGUGUCCGGAAACGUGCCGUAGACUCGGGGAGUACUGCCAAUUUACUGCCGCAUCAUGUGAAGAAGGAUCUGAGUAAGACACCCUUCUUCACGCUCCCCAAAUCACCACCACCACCACCCCUAGUUGACAGUAGUAGUGAUAGUGCCGAUAGGAAUAGUGUUAGUAAUGAAAUUCCCGGUGUCAAUGUUAAUUUAAGUGAUGUGAAAGAGCACAGAGUGUCAUUUACUGCCUUUGGUGAGAAAGUUAAUCUCAAUCUUAAGCCCACGGAGGGACUUUUCAAAGAUGGGCCACAAUCUCUGCGUAUGUGGACUGUUCAUUCGGACCCGAAUGCCACACAAGGACUCAACUAUGAAGAAAUUACCCAGGAUGAGGAGCAAAAGGAGGAAGUUGGUCACGUUUUUCAAGAUGAAAGCAAAAUGGCAGCCAUUCUCAUGAGGAGACAAUUGGAGACUGGAGAUCUUAUAAUGGAGGGAAGUGUUGGUCAUGAACUGAUGAUUCGACCACUACCGCAGGGAAUUGCAUCUCCACUGAAUAGUUCAAGUGUUCAACACGUUGUCUACAGAAGACAAUCUGAUCCUAUGGAUCAAUUGAGUGAUUUUGCUUAUAUGGAGCCUGAUCGAUUGCAGAAGCGCUACAGACGAGGUGACUAUGCAAAUGUAACACGAUCAGGACGCACUAAAAGGGCUGUGCCACAUGUAAUUUAUCCAGAAAUUCUCGUUAUUGUCGAUCACGAUGGUUAUCGGUUACACGGCGGUGACAAUGUUCAGGUUAAGCGAUAUUUUGUGUCAUUCUGGAAUGGUGUUGAUUUACGUUAUCGCCUACUGAAAGGUCCCCGCAUAAGAAUCAGCAUUGCUGGCAUUAUUAUUUCAAGGGGACGCGAUGCUACGCCAUAUUUAGAAAGAAAUCGUGUUGGACGUGAUGCCAUCGAUUCUGCUGCAGCACUUACAGACAUGGGAAAGUAUCUUUUCCGGGAGCGGCGACUACCAGUUUAUGACAUCGCUGUGGCAAUUACAAAACUUGAUAUGUGCAGAAGGCAAUACGCGAAUGACGUAUGCAAUCGCGGUACUGCAGGUUUCGCGUACGUCGGUGGUGCAUGUGUGGUCAACAAGAGAUUAGAGAAGGUGAAUAGCGUGGCAAUAAUUGAAGAUACAGGUGGUUUCAGUGGCAUAAUUGUGGCAGCUCAUGAAGUUGGACACCUGCUCGGCGCUGUGCACGAUGGUUCACCACCGCCAAGUUAUUUGGGAGGUCCAGGAGCGGAAAAAUGCCGCUGGGAAGAUGGCUACAUCAUGUCAGACUUGCGACACACAGAACGUGGUUUUAGAUGGUCACCGUGUAGUAUUCAGAGUUUUCAUCAUUUCCUCAAUGGCGACACUGCCAGUUGCCUACAUAAUGCCCCCCAUGAAGAUGAAGCCCUGGGCCGAGCCCUACCAGGAACACUGCUAUCGUUGGAUGCGCAAUGCAGGAGAGAUCGUGGCACAUCAGCAUGCUUCAAAGACGAGCGAGUAUGCGCCCAGCUAUUUUGCUUUGAUGCCGCCAGUGGUUACUGCGUAGCCUACCGGCCGGCAGCUGAAGGAUCAUCCUGUGGUGAUGGAUUGCAUUGUCUUGACGGAAGAUGUGUCCCCGAAAAUGAAAACAUAAUUCCUGACUAUUCACAACAUACCCCUAGCUAUGCUAGUCCAAAUGCAUACAAUUCUCCGCUUAGUGGACGUAUUUAAACGAUGAGCAAUGCCAUUACAACGACAACGAGAAUGGGAAGAUUUAUUAGAAUGUAAAGAAUAAAGAAGAAAAAAAGAAAGAUUUAUUAAUUGAAAAAGAAUGGAAACAAAAAUGUGAAGAAAUACGAAGAUUUUCUCUGGAACAAUUUAACAACAAAAAAGAAGUAUUUUUUUAUACAAUAAAAAAUCUUUUUAGUCUGUAAUUUAUAGGAUAAAAUUGUAUACCAUGAGAUCCACCAAGAAGAGUGUGGGGAAUUCUUUUUUUAUAUAAAUAAAUAAUAAAAUUGAUUUAUUAGGAAGUUAAUUAAAUAUUGUGUGAGAGGAUUUGAGUAAGAAUGUUUUAUAAUUUACAUUAAGUGGAACAAUUAGGGUUUUUUUUUAAAUGAUUUUUGUGCUUAUAAAUGUCCCAAAACUUUGUUUCUUUGUAAAAGAAUUUACAUGGAUUGUAUAUUUUCUUCUUCAUCUUGAGGAUUUAAGGAUAAUCAAUGAAGGAUUCAGAGAACAAAAUUUUGGAACAUUUCUAAACAUUUAAUUAAAAAAAAAAGAAACCCCAAAUGGACUACAAAUAAGAAAAAUUGUGAUAGACGGUUCAAUUUAAUUGUAAAAGAAGCAAUAAAAAAAACAAUUUGUACUUUAUAAAAUACAAAAAAUAAAAAAAAUAUGAGACGUAGAUAGAGAUUUCUCAGUGAGAUUUCAUUGAAAAAUAGAGAAUUUAAUGGGGAUAUUGACACACAAAGUGUUCAAUUCCUUGAAAAAAAAAAAUUUAAAAACAAUUAUAAAUAAAAAUCACCUCAAAGCACAUAAAAUUAUUUUCUUUUAACAUAAUUUAUGUGAUUCUCAUUGUGAGAUGAUCAUCAUUGAUAUUCUUUUACCAUUGUCAGCCUUAAUAUUCCUUUUUUUACAUUAGUAUUUUAUUUUUUUUCUUUUUUGAAUCUUCUUUAAAAAAAUCAAUUUUUAAAGAAAAGAACCUAAAGAAAUUUUCUUUUUUGCCACACUUUUGUAUUCUUUUUGAGAAUUUACUUCUUUGGGAAUUUGCAAUUGAAAUGAAAUAAGGAUCUUCAGUGCUUCACCCUGAGAUAUUAAACGAGGUGAAAAUUAGAACUUUUAGAGAUCAUUUUUCAAAGAAAAUAAUAAGUGCAUUAUAUUUAUUAAUUUCUUUCUAAAUCCUAAAGAUUUAUACUCAAUUUAAAUUAAAAUUGCACCGAAGUCAAGCCUUUGGACUCAAUUAAAUCACAUUUAGAAAGAUAAAUAAAUAAGAAGAAGAAUUUGUUCUUCAAAGAAGUGCUCUGAUUGGCUGAAAAAAAUUCGGACAAAGCAUUUUCAUUGGCUAAUCAUCCCCAUGCAGGGGUGGUGCCUAAUUGCAAGCCUAACUUGAACAGAAUAAAGUAGCACAAGAAGGGACCUUAAGAAGAGAAGAAUGAAAUAUGAGACCUUUUCCCAGUUUUCAUUGCAAAAGUAAAGAAAAAGCAGAAAAAGAAAAUGCAUAAAUUGCGUGCAUGUGUGUAGUGAUAAGAUUGUGGCGUGUCACGAAGGGAAUAUAGAGAAGUAUGUAAUGUACUACAAAGGUACGUCGCGAAGAUGAACAUUGCCAGGAAAAGAUAUUUUUGUAAAUAAAUAAAAAAAAAUCAUUGCCGUUUAAAAAAAAAGGAAAUAAAUAAUGUAAUAACAUGACUGUAAUAGGUAAUGAUUAUUUUGUAUGACUGGAAAAUGAUAAAAAAAUAUAUAAAUUACAUUUUAGAGAUGAGAUAAAA